AUGGCCGAUUCUCCUGGCUCCCCCCUCUCCUCCGUUGCCUCCGACGACAUGUCGGACCGCGACGAUCCCAAGCAGGGCGUCUCAACACCAUCAUCUAACAUGCCCCCGUCAAAGCGACGCCGCACCGGCAUGGCUUCCUGGGACCGUAACACACCCGUGUCAACUUCCUUCCAGGAUGAGCUACCUCCGCCUCCGUCCCCGUCGUCUUCUAUAUCGUCCGAUACGUCCGGCGAAAUUCCCAACUCACCCAACACUCUGUCGCUCAUAGGGGCAAACCAAGACGAGGACUACAGCGGGUUCUGCAACGACCAGGUUACCGUGUGCCGAUGGGAAGGAUGUGAUUUUAAAGACCUCGGGAACAUGGACGACUUGGUCCAACACAUCCACAACGAGCAUGUCGGUAGCCGGCAGAAGAAAUAUUCCUGCGAAUGGUCCGAUUGUACUCGGAAGGGUCAAACGCAUGCAAGCGGCUACGCGCUACGUGCGCACAUGAGGAGCCAUACGAGAGAAAAGCCCUUCUACUGCGCGCUCCCUGAAUGUGAUCGCAGUUUCACCCGUUCCGAUGCCCUCGCAAAGCACAUGAGAACCGUACACGAGACUGAGGCCCUGCGCCCGUCUGACCCUGUUCCCAAACGUCACGAUAUCCUCUCGUCCGGCGGCACACCUGUUGGCACCCCAGCCUCCAAGCUCCAGCGCAUCAAACUGAAACUAUCACACCCACCUCGCGACGAUUCAGAGCAAUACAGCGAAGGUGUCAACGACGACACAGCCGGCACUGAGGACCUUGACGAGUUUGAGGUUCCUGAGUUCAGUUCUGACACUGGAUUCGACGACCACGAGCUCGAAAUGAACCCACAUCAGUUAUACAGGCUUCUCCGCAGGCAAAUCCACUGGGCAGAAAAAGAAGGUGCAGAUCUCAAGAGCACUUGGGAGAAAAUUAGACCGAAGAGGAAACAGGCGUGGUUGGAGAAAGAAGCUAUAUUCGAUGACUUGAUGGACGCAGAACUCCGGCUUCUUAGCACGCUGGUCAGCGCGGAGGGCGCCACUGGGCAGACGUCUGUUGUUCCAGCAAACGGGAUGCCCGAAAAUCCAGCGCACCCUAUAGCGGCCGCAGGUUACCAAAUCCCGCCGUGA